AUGGCAUUUUCAAAUUUAUUUCGACGUCAUUCAACUUCAAUCGAGGCACAAGCAGCUAAUUAUGCUUGUAUGGAUGAAAAUUCUACAGCUGAAACAUUAUUAGAUGAACUUGAAAUGCAAUGUCAAAAUAGUUUAACCUUAACAUCAUUAAGAACAAAACGUAAUUCAGAAGUUUUAGCUCAUAAAAGUGGUUUACUUGCAUCAACAUAUAAACCAUCAUCAUCAUCAUCAAAACGACGUUCAUCUGUUGAUUAUUCAUGGUUAACACCACAAAAUAAUCUAUUACAAACACCAACUGAAUUAUAUCAUUUAUCAGAUAUAAUUAAAAUGGAACUAAGUGAAUUAAUUCAUCAUGUUUUACCAGAAGAUUGUUCAAUUGUUGUCAAUAAUUUUCGUCGAAAUGUACGUUCACAAGCACAAUCAACAACACCUGAAACUAUAAUUGCAUUAUUUCGAAAAACAGUAUCAGAUUAUAUUGAUCAAAAACAAAAAACUCGUCGUUCAAAUUCAAAUUCCAAUGAAAUAGUAAAAUCAAAUGAAGGUAAUAGUUCAACAUCAACAACUAUUAAUCAAAUAGUACGAAAUAAACGUAUUUUACCAAAACAUCAAUCUGAAGAAGAACAACAUUCACUUGCUGAAUUAGCUCAAAUAUCUUUAACAUCUCGUACAAAUGAUUUAAUAGAUGUUAAACCUCGUUCCAAUACUCAUGUAUAA